CAACAUUUAAAAUAAUAGUCAUACAUUCAAAUUACAAAUGUUUUUUUUCUUAUUUAUCUCAACAUUUUAUGAAGAAGUUGAUGUUCCCCAAAAUUGUUGACACAUUUAUUUAUAACAAAAAAAAUUCACUUCGUAAUUUUACCUAUAUUAAUUUCUCAUAUAUUGUAUUCCCUUAUUUCAUAUUGAUAAUAAUUUGCUGUAUUAUAUUUUGAACAUCUUGAAAUGUUCAAAAGACACUGAAUCAGGUAACAAAAAAAAUGAAGACUUCUCAGUUCUGGCUGAAAUGUUGUAUUAUUUUUAUACUUAUGUGUACUUGUAUUCUAUUGAUGACUAUUAACCUAAAACAGCAACAAGUCGAAAUUUCUAAAAAAAAUGUAAAUGAAAAGCUGUCCAAAGUUCUUUUAGAGCUCGAUUUUCUGCAAAAAAAUAAUGCUGAACUAAAUCAUCGAAUUCUCAUCUUAACUCAAAGGCUGAGGAUCGUCAAAAAUAGUUACUCAAACAAAAUAAAAUUAGAAGGCCCCACCAAAGAGUAUGAACUAUUACGUCGCCGUAUUUAUUUCAACACGAAGGAAUUUUGGUACUACGUCAGUUAUGAACUACGGUUGUUGGCUAAAACGGUCGAAGGCAUAAAACCGUUCACAAUUCGAAUGAAAAAAAAUAUCAAUGAGCACUAUUUAUCGUUAUUGAACGACAUUACCAAAUUGGCAACUGUCGAUGACCAUACACGGUGGAGACGGAAAGAAUAUAUCUAUUUGAGAACUCUAGUCCAAAAGAGACUGAGAUUUUUACAAAAUCCGGAAGACUGUUCCAAAGCGAAAAAACUCUUUUGCAACUUAAUCUCGGACCGUCGGUCAUGUGGAUAUGGUUGUCGUCUACAUCAUAUCGUCAAUUGCUUGGUCGUCGCUUAUGCUACCAAUAGGACAUUGUUCCUAGACAAUCUCCACAAUUGGGGGUUCACAAGCGGUGGAUUUUCAUCGCUGUUUUUUCCACUAAGCAAUACAUGCACGUCAUCAUUAGACAAAAAUGAAACGGUCCUGCCUUGGCCAGGCAACGAAAGUGUCCAAGUGGUGAAUCUCACUCUUCCCAUCGCAGUGCCUGAUGGUUCGAGUCGUAUGAGGAGGCCACUGCUGCCGCCGUUCGACCCGCUUGUGCUGCCCGAAGACUUGAGCCAUAGGAUACAGGUGUUGCACGGCGAGCCUUCUGUCUGGUGGAUAGGACAAUUCGUCAAUUAUAUAAUCCGGCCACAAUUAUCAACAAUCGACAUGUUUCAAGGAUAUGAAGAUAACAUGGCAUUUCAAGUGCCAACCGUCGGCGUGCACAUUAGACGAACGGACAAAAUUGGUUUGUCUCACAAGCUUGAAGAAUACAUGUACUACGUCGAACAAUAUUAUAAGCAACAACAAAUGAAUGGUAAAGAUCUGUUUAAGACAAUAUAUUUAGCCACCGACGAUCCAACGUUAUUCAAAGAAGCUUAUAAGAAGUAUCCUGACUACCACAUAUUUGGUGACCCAGAACUAUCUAAAACUGGGUCCGUCGCAACCCGUGAGUUGGACAAGUCAAUUGUGAAUAUCAACAUCGACUUAUUUUUUUUAUCUCGGUGUGACUAUUUAGUUUGUACUUUCUCGUCGCAUGUGUGCCGAUUGGCUUAUGAAAUAAUUAAUGGUAUCAAAUAUGCAGAUGCAUCAACUCAGUUUACUUCGCUAGAUGACAUGUAUCAUUUUAGCGACCAAAUUCGUAGACUGCAUGUUGCUAUAUUACCUCAUAAAUCAAACAGACCGCAAGAAAUGGAUUUACAAGUGGACGAUGAGAUCGAAGUAAUUGGAAAUGAAUGGAAUGGAUAUUCGAAGGGAACACAUUUGAGAACAAACAAAACUCUUCUGUAUCCUACUUUUAAGGUAAUACAAAAAACUGAAGUCAUGUAUUUUGCCAGUUACCCUGAUAUCAAAAUAAGCUCUGAAGAAUUGGAAGAUUAAUUAUUGCGCAAUACCUUUAUAUUACUAAUACAUAAUAUACAAUAUUAUUAUAACUUGGGAACAUUGUAAUGAAGAUUGAGGAAAUAAAAAACUUAUAGGUAGUAAAAGUGUUCGAUGUGUAUAAUGUUACAGGUAUGGUCCAAAAAUGGGAAAAGUACAUUUUCCCGGAAAUUGUAAGCCUUAUUCAUAUUAACAAUAUAAUGUAUAUAUUAUAUCCACCUUAAAUAUGUAAAAAUAUGUAUUCAAUCGUAAGUCAUUAUCCAGAUAAUUUAUACUUUAAGCGAUGAGCUGUGGUUAUAAUAAGUAGACUUAGUGGUUAAGUCUUAUUAAUUCGGGAACUUACAGGAUAAUCCAUGAAACGUAAAGAUACCUACCUAGGUAUAUAUCUUGAUCGUAUGCUGAUUAUGUUGGUACAAUGGUCAAUACGCCAAACUCUUUAAAUGGUCAAUCUGAAUGUUUCUACGUUGAGAAUCUACUGUUUAAAUUAUUAUGCAAUUUAUGAGUAUGCAAAUAAUAACAAUUUAAAAAUUCUCAUAAGUAUUAUUAAAAUAUAAUGUACAAAGCUUUUACUACAGACACAGAUAAUGUUCUUAACUUUAAAUUGUAUAAUUCGCUCAAAUACUAAAACGAACAACAAAAUUUAAUACAAGG